AGAAACCAGUCCUGCUCUCUCUGGAGGCCUCUGGGACUCGCUGAGUCACUCACUCUUGUCCCACCUGUCCCUGCCAGUCUCGGGGAAGGAGAAACGACAUGGGAAAAGCGCAGAGGGGGUGAACACAGAGGCAGAGGUGUGGGCCAGACUGGCCCAUGGCUGAGGCCUCACUCCCAGAGCUGGGGGGAGACACAGAGGCCACGCCUUGUCCCAGUGUCCUGGAGUUGGAGGAGCUCCUGAGGGCCGGGAAGGCUUCUUGCAGCCGUGUGGACGAAGUCUGGCCUAAUCUUUUCAUAGGAGAUGCUCGUUUUCCCAGCCAAGGUCCUGGUGCACUGCGUGGUGGGCGUGAGCCGCUCGGCCACGCUGGUCCUGGCCUACCUCAUGCUGCACCAGCGGCUGUCCCUGCGCCAGGCCGUGCUUGCCGUGCGGGAGCGGCGAUGGAUCUUCCCCAACCGCGGCUUCCUCCACCAACUCCGCCAGCUGGACCAGCGACUUGGGGGUGCAAGCCGCAGCUGAGGGGCCGGAAACAGCAUCAAGUGUGCAGAGACCUGUGGCUGGCAGCCGGAGGCACAAGCUGUGUGCUGGAGAAGACCUCGGCCCGGGCUGGACACCCCCACAGGAUGGACUCACUGCAGAAGCAGGACCUCCGGAGGCCCAAGAUACACGGGGCCAGAAGGGUAUCAUCCCCCUACCAGCCGCCCACGCUGGGCUCACUGCAGCGCUUGCUGUGGGUCCGCAGGGCCACCACCCUGAACCACGUCAACGAGGUCUGGCCCAACCUCUUCCUGGGAGACGCGUAUGCUGCCCGGGACAGGAGCCGCCUGAUGCAGAUGGGCAUCACCCACGUUGUGAAUGCCGCUGCAGGCAGGUUUCAGGUGGACACAGGUGCCAAGUUCUACCAUGGGCUGCCCCUUGAGUACUAUGGCGUCGAGGCAGAUGACAACCCCAACUUCGACAUCAGCAUCUACUUCCUGCCUGUGGCUCGUUACAUCCGAGCUGCCCUCAGUGUUCCCCGAGGCCGCGUGCUGGUCCACUGUGCCAUGGGGGUGAGCCGCUCCGCCACGCUGGUCCUGGCUUUCCUCAUGAUCUGCGAGAACAUGACGCUGGUGGAGGCCAUCCAGACGGUGCAGGCCCACCGGGACAUCUGCCCCAACUCGGGCUUCCUGCGGCAGCUCCAGGUGCUGGACAACCGGCUGGGGUGGGAGACGGAGCAGCUGUGACCGUGAGCACCGGAGCCGGGCCCUGCACCCGCAAAGGCCCGCCCGGUGAGCACGGCGGGGGACAGCAGCCUCUGCCCUUCCCAGAGACCCUGAGAGGUCAGGACAGGGCUCGGCAGAGGCAGAGGCGGGGAGAGCCGGGUGGGGGGCUUUAGCAGUGGAUUCCCCUGACCCGACCGACCCAGAGAUUCUUUAUGCGGAAGAGAAUUCAGUCUGUCUCUAUAAUAAAAGGUUCGACGUAAAGACA